AUGGCAGUGUUCGAUAUAAGAUUCACGAAAAAUCAGAGAAAAUAUCUGCAUCGAUACGUGGUGCUCUCGAUUCUAGCGAGUCUUCUUAUCGGAUUCCUGCUGUUUUUCAUGGGAGUGAUUGCUUCGUUCGUGAUUGCGACGAAACUGCGCUUCGACGACGAGAAUCUCUUCGGGCUUGUGUUUAAAACCUUGACGUUAUACGGUCUUUACGUGCUCGCUCAUAAUCUGGUGGGCGUGAAGCUGUGCUAUAAUUACUUCCACUAUGCCGAAGGACCAGGGAUGAACCUGAGACUGUUCCUAUGGACUCUGAUAGGCUUGUUCGUGGUACUUGUUGGCUGCUUCAUGGCCAGCAUCUGCUUCUCUACAGCGGAUCUUUUAACGGUUCAACUUAGGCAAACUCUUCACGAGGGUAUGAAAAGAUACUUCACAGAUGUGUCAUGGAAGCGAAAAAUAGACAGCAUGCAGGUUAACAUGCAGUGUUGUGGAAUAGAUUCGUCCGAUGAUUGGCACAAGACAUAUUGGCUGCAACGGGAGUUUCUUGUGCUUGACUCGCCGGAUAUCUUGAGGUACGCGAAAGUGGAUGGUCGCGUGACACCGCCGGUGGUGCCGUGGAGUUGCUGCCGAAUCGACGUAAAGGGUCCGUGCUAUCACGAUCCUCUUCAGCUGCCAAAUUCGGAACAAAACUCCACUUACGACAGCCUAAACCCUCGGGGCUGUCUCGUCGCCAUCAAGAGCGUGCUAAACGGAACGCUCUAUUCCACCGUAGUCCUGAUCGCGUUUCUGUUUGUGUUACAGAUUUCGGUGAGCGUAUUGUCGAGGUUCGACUUCACUGCCGCGAGGAACGCGGUGGCGCUUGGAGAUCGGUGGGCAGCUUCACCGGGUUGGCUCUAUGGCCGUCUGGAUUUUGGCUUAGCCAGCGGACCUAAUCUCUGCCAGAUCGAUCGGAAAAACAGCGGACGAGGCGAUACGAUGAUCGAUCUACGUCCGCUUGUAUAUUCCAGCGAUACGGACUGA